GGAGAGGGGGAGGCCCGGGGAGGCUGGGCGUUGGGUAGGAGGCACCGACUGACCUUCCAGGGCUGCCGUGGAGAGGCGGGGAGGGCGGCGGCACAGGGUCUGGCCCCUCCGCGCGCCUCCUGCCCGUUCUCCCCGCGCCCGGCGCUCCGGCCCCCAGCCCCGGGCCCUCGCUGCUCGCUGCUCCCCGCUCCACGACCGCUGGACGCCGCGCGGGGUCCAGCGGGCCAGGUAGGAGGGAGGCGGCGCCGGGGCAGAGGGGCCGCGGGCGCCCCGCCGCCCUCCUGCGCCGUGCCCGAAGAUGUCGGGAGCUAUCUUUGCGCCCCUGGAGGGCCCGGGCGCCCUGGACGCGGCGAGCGGCCCCCCGCUCGUGUGCCCGCUGUGCCGCGCGCAGUACGAGCACCCCUGCCUGCUGGACUGCUUCCACGACUUCUGCGCCGGCUGCCUGCGCGGCCGCACCGCCGACGGCCGCCUCGCCUGCCCGCUGUGCCAACACCAGACGGUGGUGAAGGGCCCCAGCGGGCUGCCUCCGGUGGAUCGGCUGUUGCAGUUCCUGGUGGACAGCUCAGGGGAUGGUAUGGAGGUGGUGCGCUGUGCCAACUGCGACCAGGAGUGCGGCAAGCAGGACGCAGAGACCACGUACUUCUGCAACACGUGCGGGCAGCCGCUGUGCGCGCGCUGCCGCGAUGAGACGCACAGGGCACGCAUGUUCGCGCGCCACGACAUCGUGGCCUUGGGCCAGCGCAGCCGCGACGUGCUCCAGAAGUGCACACUGCACGCCGAGCCCUACAUCAUGUUCUCCACCGACAGGAAGUCGCUGCUGUGCAUCCGCUGCUUCCGGGACAUGCAGGGGGAGAGCCGGGCUCACUGCGUGGACCUCGAGUCGGCGUACGUGCAAGGCUGCGAGCGGCUGCAGCAGGCGAUGCUGGCGGUGAAGGCCCUGCAGACCGCCACACGGGAGGCCAUCGCACUGCUGCAGGCGAUGGUGGACGAGGUGCGACGCAGCGCGGCGGAUGAGGAGGCCGCCAUCCACGCCCUCUUCGGCAGCAUGCAGGACAAACUGGCAGAGAGGAAAGCGCUGCUGCUGCAGGCGGUGCAGAGCCAGUAUGAAGAAAAGGACAAGGCCUUCAAGGAGCAGCUCUCCCAUUUGGCUACUCUGCUGCCCACCCUGCAGGUCCACCUGGUCAUCUGCUCUUCCUUCCUCAGCUUGGCCAACAAGGCUGAGUUCCUGGACCUGGGCUAUGAGCUGGUGGAGAGGCUGCAGGGCAUCGUCACGCGGCCACAUCGCCUACGGCCGGCUCAGAGCAGCAAGAUCGCCAGCGACCACCGCGCCGAGUUCGCGCGCUGCCUGGAGCCGCUGCUGCUGCUGGGACCGCGCCGGGCGGCGGGUGCCGGGGGCGGUACCAGCACUUCUCUCCCCAGGCUAGCAGGGGGCUCGGGCCCCAAGGUGCUGAUGGGGCCCAUCUGCCCUUCCCCCGUGGGAAAGAUGUUGGGGUCACCGGUCCAAAAGCCCACGCUGCACCGGUCCAUCAGCACCAAGGUGCUGCUGGCAGAGGGCAACGAUUCACCCUUCACGGAACACUGCCGCCACUUUGAGAACUCCUACCGGGUGAGGGGGCCAGGGACCUGCCAGCUGGGAAAGGCCCCACCCCUUCUCACCAAGGUGCAGCGGCCAAAUCUAGUCCUGGCCACCUGGCCUGCAAGCCGUCCCUCCACCGAGGCCCCCGCAGUGCACCCAGCCUGCAGGAAACACAGGCACUCACGCGGUCUCUCCCCCCAGCGCCUGCAGGCAGAGAUGCAGAACCUGAAGGACCAGGUACAGGAGCUGCACCGGGACCUCACCAAGCACCACUCGCUCAUCAAGGCCGAGAUCAUGGGUGAUAUCCUGCACAAGUCCCUGCAGGUGGACACACAGAUCGCCUUGGAGUAUGCUUCCGUGGAGGGCAUGAGAGCAGUCUUCCAGGAGAUUUGGGAGGAAUCCUACCAGCGCGUGGCUAACGAGCAGGAGAUUUAUGAAGAUGGUUCAAGGCUGGAGAGUAAGAAUUUGAAGCCAACAAGACCUAACGCUCUGGCCUGGGCCCCCACAGCCCAGCUCCAUGACCUCCUCCAGCUGAAGCAGGAGAAUGCCUACCUGACCACCAUCACCAAGCAGAUCACGCCCUACGUCCGCUCCAUUGCCAAGGUGAAGGAGCGGCUAGAGCCCAGGUUUCAGGCCCCUGUGGAUGAACCGUCAGACCAUCUACAAAACACGCAUGAUGAUGGCGUGAACGGCGAGGCCCAGGCCAGGAACGAUCCAGUGAGUGUCUCGGAGAGGAGAGAGAAGACCUCAGAGCCGAGAAACAGCCGGACCCUGAGCAGCCUCGCAGAAGAGCCUCCACUGAAAAAUAAAGAUUCUCACAGACCCAAACCGAAAAAUGGGGGUGACGUCCCCACAUGGAGAGAGCGCCCAGCUUAGCAUGGGACUGGUCCCGGAGGUCGGGCGUUUCACAACAUGCACGUCAAGGCUGGGAUAUUUAAGAAGAGGCGGUUCCCAUCAUGAUUUUCUGUUUAAUGUGUAAUCAUUUAUCAGCAGUAAAACCCAGACAGUCUCUGCCAGGUCCCAAUUUCAGGUUCUUUGGCUUGAGCUAGACUUCGUGUCGCCCCGAGUCCUGGUCCUCAUCACGGUGACUCGGGACGGCAUCCCAGUCCGCGUGGAAGAUGUUACAUGAGUGAACAUCCAGCCUGAAGCCCCUCACGCCCCCUGCACCUCCCUGGCGUCUGUGUGCUAGUCCCGAGAGCUCCCGCUGGGGUGGGGUGUGCACCCGUCUGAAUUUCGGGUGAUGAGACUCGCCCACUGUGCAGCACCUGCCCUGCCACAGAGGAAUCCGGCUCCUCCUGAACCACAGCCCCACUGUUAACCGGGCGCCGCUGGAAAGUUCCACCCGCUAAUCUGAGCGCUGACUCAGCAGCAUAGGGGAAAAAAAACCCUUCGCUCCAGCUUUUCUCACGGUAGGGCCAGGGCUGAGCGCAUAAAGCCACGCAAUAGCACCUGGUGGCCCGCAUGGCAGGAGGUGGCCUCCGUCACGACUUCCCCACCGCUGUCCCUGCCUGCUGUCACUCUCCUGUGUUCACCUUCUAUUGAUAUUAAAGCACGAUUCACCAGCAA